AUGGCCCGAGAGCUGAGCCAGGAGGCACUACUGGACUUUCUGUGCCAGUCAGGGGGCCGCGUGACCAACGCCGCCUUGCUGAGCCACUUCAAGAGCUUUCUCCGAGACCCCGACGCGCCCCCCAACCAACAUCAGCAACGCCGCGAACUCUUCAAGGGCUUCGUCAACUCGCUCGCCGCAGUGCGCCAGGACCCCGACGGCACCAAGUACGUGGUGCUCAAGAGGAGGUACAGGGACCUUCUGGGGGAGGACGGGCUGCAGCGACCCCGCGAGCCGCCCGCGGCCGCCGCCCAGCCGGUGAGAGCUGCGCCCUGCUCCCCGCGAGGCGCUCGCCGGGGGGAGCAGCCGCCGCCGCCGCCGCAGCAGCCCAGGAGGCGGCGGCGCGAGAAGGAGCCAGAGGAGGAGCCAGCAGGUGCCGCAGCCCGAGCCGCCGACGCAGCUUGCAAUGGACUCCCGGCCUGCGGCGCCCGGCAGGCGGCCAAGGGUGGCGGCGGGCCGAGGGGCAGCCCGGGCCAGAGGGCGCCAGUGCCCGCGGCUGCCGAGGCAGGUGCCCCGGCCGGAGCCAGGUGCGCAGCGAUGGAGACUCAAGGCCGCUGCUGCUGGGAAUGCCUCCAGAACAGCCUGGCGGGGCUCCCGGGAGAGCCGCUGCUUAGCGCCCUUCCGGACCCCGCCGUCGCGGCGGAGAAGCCCGCGAGGGCUCCGCUUGCUCAGGAUGACCGCGGGGCUCCUGGGCAGCGGCGGGACGGCGCGACCGCUGAGCCCACGCCCGUGCCUGCAACGCCCCGCUCGCCUCCCGCCACUGUCGGGGCUGCUGGGAGCCGGGCUUCCCCGCCUGCUUCCCUGACCCGCUACACUCCCCCCGGAGACCGGCUGGAGCUGUUGACCCCGGGCUCCCUGCACCUUGCGACCCUGCAGCAGCAGCAGCAGCGCACCCGGGAGUGGGUGGCCAGAUACCCGCAGAUGCCCGAGACCCGGGACCCGGGCCCCAUCCGGGCGUGGUCGGUGAUGCCAGACAACUUCUUCCAGCUAACCUCGGAGCCAGGCUCAGCGCCGCCGCAAGACCCCCCUCUUUCCUUUCAUUCUCUCUUUCCUGCUCCGGAUGAGUCCUCAGAAUCCUGGCCCGGGAACCCUCCAUUUAAUGUUUUUCGUAGCAUUCGUUGUCAGCUGUCCCUCCAAGAUCUGGACGACUUUGUGGACCAGGAGAGCCAUGGCAGUGAGGAGAGCAGCAGUGGGCCCAAAGAAUCUCCUGUGGGUUCUGAAGAGGGGCUGCAGGUUGCCCUGGGCACCCCUGAUUGGGGAAAGCUCAGGAACCCAGCUCGGAGCCAUUCUGUAUCUCCAAAGGAGGGCAGCCCCAGCCGGAGCCCUCAGGGCCUCGGGCACAGAGGGGAUGGUCACACCUCUCAGAAGGUCCCAAUAGGGACUAAUGGGCUUGCAGGCCACCUCCAGGAGCCUUUACUCUGGCCGGCUCCCAAGUUGAGGAGAUCCCUGAGAAGAAGCUCUUGGACAGGGAGAGCCAAAUUGUCUUCCUCUGAUGAGGAAUACCUUGAUGAGGACUUGCAGAAAAGGAGUCGGCGCCCACCUCGAUCCAGGAAACCCUCCAAGGCAGGAACAGUGCCCAGCCCAAGGGUGGAUGCAGCUUUGACACCAAAACUUGCAGAUGUUAAGGCUGUUGUGGCUGAGCGGGGUCGGCCACACAGCUCAGGGAUCCCCAGUGGGGAAGGGCCUGCAUCUUUGGUCCCCCACAGACUUCCUGAGCACAGAUCAUCCCUAGUCCCCCUUGACACCAGGGAGCAUGAAUGGAUUGUGAAGCUUGCCAGUGGCUCCUGGAUUCAAGUGUUGACUUUGUUCUGGGAGGACCCCCAGCUGGCUUUGCACAAAGACUUCUUGACUGGGUACACUGCCUUGCACUGGAUAGCCAAACAUGGUGACCUCAGAGCCCUUCAGGACUUGGUCUCUGGGGCACAAAAGGCAGGGAUUGCUCUUGAUGUAAAUGUGAGGUCCAGUUGUGGGUAUACCCCACUGCACCUUGCAGCCAUUCACGGCCACCAGGGGGUCAUCAAAUUGCUAGUGCAGAGAUUGGCAUCUCGGGUGAAUGUCCGGGAUAGCAGUGGGAAGAAGCCAUGGCAGUAUCUGACCAGUAAUACCUCUGGGGAAAUAUGGCAGCUACUGGGAGCCCCUCGAGGCAAGCCCAUUUUCCCCGUCUAUCCCUUAGUCCAAAGCUCUUCCCCAACCAGGAAGGCCAAGAGCCGGGAAAUAUCUAGAAAUGUCACCCGAAAGUCUUCCUUUGCUGCACUACUCAAAAGUCAGCACAGCAAAUGGAAAUUGGCCAACCAGUACGAGAAAUUCCCCACUCCAAGGGAAAGAGAAGAGUAUAGUGAUUGA